AUGCCACAAGUGGAGCACCGAGCAACAUUGCGUCGAAACACUGUGACUCAGUUGCAGUUUGCAUCUCACAGACUUUCGGUCAGACAAGAUUAUUCCCCUGUCAUCCAUGGGGGGAAAUUAUCUCUUCAGUAUAUCGUGGAUAUGUUCACAAGAAUAGAGGGAGAUCGGCUUGCCUUUAUUCGCCGUGAACAGUCAAAACUUCGGGCUGAACUCUACAUGAACCUUCACGAUGCUAUCCGAGCUCGCGCUGAAAACGAAGGGCUUAAUGUUGGUCGGCAGGUCAUACUUCCUAAAUCAUUUCAAGGCAGCUAUCGAAAUCUACAUAGUAAUUACUUGGAUGCAAUGUCAAUAGUUCGUCAACAAGGUAAGCCUGAUCUGUUUAUUACCUUUACUUGCAAUUCAAAUUGGGAAGAGAUUAAAUCAAAUCUGAAGUACGAACCCGCAAACAUGCGACCAGAUUUAGUAGUAAGAGUAUUUCAUGAGAAACUAAAAGAUCUCAUGAAAGAAAUAACAGAUAAUAAGAUUUUCGGUACAGUGAUUGCUAAUAUUUAUACAAUUGAAUUCCAAAAAAGGGGCCUUCCACAUGCACACAUUCUUAUAACUCUUGAUAGAGACUCUAAACUAAGAGAUUCAGAUGACAUUGAUCAAUUAGUUUGGGCAGAAAUUCCCGACCCAGUUUUGUAUCCAGACCUGCACGAAAUCGUUGCUCGCAACAUGAUUCACGGGCCAUGUGGCACCACAAAUCCAAACGCACCAUGUAUGAUUGAAGGUAAAUGCUCUAAAUCAUUCCCAAAACAGUUUCUAGACCAAACGCGAGAAAAUGUGAAUGGGUACCCUAUCUACAGACGUAGAGAUGAUGGAAAAACUUUAAUUGUUCGUGGAUCAACAGUGGAUAACAGAUUUGUAGUACCUUAUAACCCCUAUCUUCUCAAGAAGUUCAAUGCUCAUAUCAAUGUUGAAAUAUGCAGUACAGUUAAAUCUGUAAAGUACAUUUAUAAAUAUAUUUAUAAAGGUUUUGACUCUGCUUCAAUUGAGUUUAGAAAUGGUGACACCAUUAUAUAUGAUGAAGUUCAGGGAUAUUUGAACGCUAGGUGGGUAGGCUCUGCAGAGGCGAUGUGGAGAAUUCAAGAGUACCCGAUGCACCACCAAUCACACACUGUGGUUAAUCUAGAAUGCCACCUGGAAGACCAGCAACGAGUUAUCUUUGUUCAAGGAAAUGAAGAACAAGCUCUAGAACCAAGAAAUACUAAACUGAUGGCUUGGUUUCGUUUGAAUGAAACGGAUGAAUCAGCAAGAGAAUACACCUACUGUGAAAUUCCGAAGCACAACACCUGGCAAGACAACGGUAAAUUUUGGCGGAAGCGACAAAGAGGUAAUGACAGAAUUAUUGCACGAUUAAAUGUUGUUUCUGCAAAGAAUGUUGAGCUUUUUCAUAUUCGUUUACUUCUCCUUCAUGUUAAAGGUGCAAGAUGUUUUAAUGACAUUCGCACCGUUGAUGGCCAUGUUUAUGAAACGUACCGAGAUGCCGCCAUAGCAAGAGGGAUUGCUGAAAGUUCGCAACUGAGUCGUGACACUCUUCAAGAAGCUGUUUACUAUGCUUCACCUAAUGAUCUUCGUAAUUUAUUUGGAUGUCUUCUUGGGCUUAACGUACCAACUGAGAGCCUAGACUUAUGGAAUGAAUUUAAAGCUUACAUGAUCGAAGAUUUUACAAAUCGGGGUUCAUCGGAGGAAGAAGCACUGAAUGGAGCUCUAUCUCAGAUUGAAGAAAUUUUAAGGACGCACAAUACAAGCUGCAGAGAUCUCGGUUUACCGACUCCUGUUAUUCGUUUGAAUCAGGUUGUAAACCAAGCAAACUCAGAAACGAAACGAGUUGAGUUUGAUUCUUUAUACUCAAAAGCUAAUGAAGACCAAAAGAAAAUCAUUGAUUCAAUAAUUGAGAAGGUCCAAUCACGUGACAGAUGUCACAGUUUGUUCUACUUAGAUGCUCCAGCAGGAUGUGGCAAAACAUAUAUACAAAAAACUUUACUUGCAAAACUUGGAAGCAUGGAGAUGGUUGCAAUUCCUGUUGCAUUUACAGGUAAAAUAGUGGUUUAA